AUGGCGCUCUCGAAACAGGGAGGAUUAGCAUCCCCGAACAAGUACUUGAAGAACGCCUCCAGAUUCACCCCCCCGUCUAUGAAACAAGUGUGCGUGCUUGAGCCCAUCGAUGAGGCCCUGCGCGCCGUCCACCGUCGAGUUCGCUUCCCCCUGCAUCUCGGCCAGGAACCGCCGCAGUCCGGCAGCUUCCAUCACCUAUAUAACCGUCACGAAAUUCUCAAUCCGAUUAAAACACUAACGAAUCGAAGAGCGGAAAACGUGAUUGGAAUCGGCUAUUCUUUAAUAGGGAAUAGUCUAAACGAAGUUCGAAGCUUAAAGGUGAAAGAAUCGAGGGAUGUCGGCCAUGGAUUUUUUGCUUUCCUUAACCUAGAAGGCGGAUGGUUCUUUUUUCUGCGGGGUUUCAUAUAUAUUGCAAAUCUUAGGUAUAAUUGUAAUAUUUAUGACUCUGUUUAG